AUGGACACCACCACCCACCGCGACAUGACCGCCCUGUUCGCCCAGCUGGGCCUGCCGGACGAGCCGCAGGAGAUCAAGGCCUUCAUCCGCCGCCAUCGGCCGCUGCCGCAGACGCUGAACCUGUCCGAGGCGCCGUUCUGGAACGCGAGCCAGGUCGCCUUCAUGCGCGAGCAAUGGCACCAGGACGACGGCGACUGGUGCGUCGCCAUCGACGAACUGAACGCCGCGCUGCGCGAGCAUCCCGACCCGCAGGAGCUGCCGCAGGCCGGCGACGCCGGAUGA